GAUUGCCUUUUCAUCAACAGACUGUCCUCCGGUGCAUUUAGUUGACGGGUUGAGAACAGAGCUACUUUUCACGGAGACAGUCUCGUUAAAUACAAAUAAAUAUAUCCCCAUCCAACACCAUUCCGGACCGGGGACCAAGGAUUCAACUAAAGUUGAGAACCCGUUUUGUUUGAGCAGUUUGGCAAGGUAGAUCACCGGGGCGCAUAAUGGCUGAGAAGAUAACCAUGGAGGAGGGAAAGCCGUCCAACGGCGAGACGCAUAUGGAGGAGCCCGUGGCCAACGGAAUCGGCGACCACAAGACCCGCUCUCCCGCACCGACGUCGGGGAGAGUAAAGAAAAUAGUUAUGGACAACUUGCUGGUGAUUUUGACCGUCGCUGGGGUCAUCAUCGGCGUGUUCAUAGGGCUUGGCGUGCGUCAGAUGGAACUCAGCCGGACGCAGAUCAUCUACGUGGGGUUCCCUGGUGAGAUUCUCAUCCGUCUGCUGAAGAUGAUCAUCAUCCCCCUGGUUGUGUGCAGCCUCGUCUCCGGGGCGGCCAGCAUCGACCCCAAAGCCCUGGGGAAGCUGGGUGGCUGGGCAAUGCUCUUCUUCCUGGUGACCACCUUGAUCGCCUCGGCCAUUGGGGUGGUGAUGGGUUUCAUCAUUCAGCCCGGAACCAACACCGGCUCCAAGCCCAAAGUAGCCGACCUCGACGACGGGAUACCGACUACCAAAGAGGUGGUGGACUCCUUCUUGGACUUGAUCAGGAACAUAUUCCCCUCCAACCUGGUGUCUGCAGCCUUCCAGUCUUACGCCACCGACUACAAGUUUGUCACCAAGAACAACAGCCUGAUUGUGGAGAAGAUCCCGUUUGGAUACAACCAGGAUGGGAUGAACAUCCUGGGCCUGGUGGUGUUUGCCAUCGUGUUCGGCGUGGCUCUGAGAAAGCUGGGUGAGGAGGGGGAGAUCCUCAUCAAGUUCUUCAACUCCUUCAACGAAGCCACCAUGGUGUUGGUGUCCUGGAUCAUGUGGUAUGCCCCCCUGGGUAUCAUGUUCCUGGUGGCAGGGAAGAUUGUGGAGAUGGAGGAUGUUGGCACGCUGUUCGCCAGCCUGGGCAAGUACAUCGCCGCCUGCAUGGUCGGCCACGCCAUCCAUGGCUUUCUGGUUCUCCCAGCGAUCUACUUCAUCAUCACACGCAAGAACCCCUACACCUUCCUUUGGGGGAUAUUCACCGCUCUGGCAACCGCCUUUGGAACCAGCUCCAGCUCGGCCACCCUGCCCCUGAUGAUGAAGUGCGUGGAGGAGAAGAACGGCGUAUCCAAGCACAUCAGCCGCUUCAUCCUGCCCAUCGGCGCCACGGUCAACAUGGACGGCGCCGCCCUCUUCCAGUGCGUGGCCGCUGUGUUCAUCGCCCAGCUCAACAACAUCUCCCUGAACUUCAUCCAGGUCUUCACCAUCCUAGUGACAGCCACGGCGUCCAGUGUGGGGGCUGCAGGGAUCCCUGCGGGGGGCGUGCUCACUCUCGCUAUCAUCCUGGAGGCCAUUGGACUGCCCACAAAUGACAUCUCCCUCAUCCUGGCUGUGGAUUGGCUCGUAGACCGUACCUGCACCGUGAUCAACGUGGAAGGCGACGCCUUCGGGGCGGGGCUUCUACAGUACUUCGUGGACCGCAACCCCACGGCGACGCUUAGCGAGGUGAGGGUGGAGGAGGAUGCGGAGCCCGAACAGUCGCCGCUCAUCCAAAAGGGGCUGGAGGGGGGCGAUGCGCCGCGCUCCUGCGAGAAAGAGUCUGUCAUGUAGAGCGAGAGAACUCAACGCUGUCAAACCAGUCUUUAAUAAACGAGCCAACAAAUGACCCCUCCUGUAUACCCUUGAGCCCCCACCCCACUCCCACCUUCUUAUGUCAAGCUUCUCUUGACCUUUGACCCCUGCCCAGAUCCAACUAGAAACCAGGGGGAGGGGGGGUCAAUGAGAAUAUACUUCUCUACUUGUAUCAUCUCUUCUGGAGAACGGAGGGAGAGGAUGGAGAAGUGGAAGUGAAGCAGGGGGGGGGAAGAAGAGGAGUGAAAGAAUACCAGCCUGGUUUUUAAGUGACUUUUUUUUUUUCUUUUUUUUUGCCUCCUUGUAGCAUAUUUAAUUUGUUUUACAUCAGAUACGCUUGCCCUUUGCUUGCUGAUCUUCUGGAGAGAGAUCCCUUUUAGACUAUUACUAUAUGAUGUCUGCUAACUCCCCCCAUGUGGGCUGCCCCGUGACUUUGCUAACUCCCCCCAUGUAUGCUGCCCCAUCUGGAAGUCCUUAGUCUGUCUGUGGCAGUAGGACAGCAGGAAGACACAGUGUCUCAGUACAGUUCUCUAAACCAAAUGGAGUUUAAUCCUAAAAUAAGUGAUGUUUCCCAGAUGGACAAGAGACCUUAGUCCCUAUAAGGACAAUCAGAGACACACACACACACAUACAUACCUCUGCCCUUUACAGCUUGACCUCAGCAUGGUUAGCUUUAACCGCUGCUGUAGCAUUUUGAGGACUCUGGUACCCAGCAUGCCACUGAAACCAAAGGGGCGCAAUGCCAACCAGCAAGCAGGAAGUAGAGGACUCCGCCCAUGUCAUUAUGGAGAAAGAAGAAUGUUGCUCAGGGCAACCAUGUUUAUCCGUUAAUACUGUAAGAGUGUAAGUCUGUCUUCUGAGUGACAAGCCAGUCAUUUUUGAAUGUUUUUUAAAAUUCUGUCAACCACAAAAGCUGUUCUUGAAGCACAGUCAAUCACGUUCCAACACCUUAUUUUCUUAUGAGUUCUGUUGUGGAAUUUCUAUGAUUAAAUUUAUGAGGUCAGAAUUUGUCAUUAUCUGUUCAUUCUUGCAAGCGAGGAGGAGCAGUUCUAAAACAGGAUCAUAAAUGAUGUCUGGAGUAGAAGGGCUCACAAAAAAUGUAAUGAUCUGAGCAGUUUUUUAUACAGUCAUUCCAGACAGUUACAUCAGUAGUUCAAUAGUUCAUGUCCAUCCAAAGAGGAACUCUUCAAUAAACAAGAAAGUGAAAAGGGCAAUAGGUUACAGAACUUAAUACAGAUGCUCAAUAUUGAAAACAGCUUGAGACAAGAAAGAAGAACUUGUCAGCAAAAAUACCUGGAGUAUGGGCAAAACAACCAAGGUUAAACAGUCAAAUAUGUAAGACGUUUGUCAGCAAACGGAAACUUAAUCAAUACGGUCUUAGGCCAUGAGGUUAUGCUAGCUUUACAGAAGUUAAAACCUCAGCAAUAAUUGUUGUAGGUCAAAGAAUAUGAUAGACAUCUUAAAGAAUAGUAAUGUUCUAUUACAGUUCAAGUGUUCCAUCAGUGAGCUGCCAGUGCAUAGGUGUGUGUGUGUCCUUCUCCAGUGUGGAGCUGCCAGGGACAUCCAGGAUCUAAUGGUGUGUGUGCGCGCGUGGUCCCAGAGGCCUAGGGCAGAUGUUGAGUGUAAGUGUUGAAGAGAGAGAGAACUUAUUUGAAAGGAAACAUUGUGGACUGUUAUGUCAAAAUCAAAAGGCUUUUUUGGGCUGCCUUUUUAGAAGUUAUGGUUACCUCUUGACUUUUCUUGAAAUUGAAAUGUACCUUUUUACUACGUACUAUUUAUUUCUGAUCUUUUCAAACAAUUCAAAGCAGUUUAGUUGAACCGAGACCCUGCCUAUGUUGCUGUAUCUUAUCGCACCAACACGUUUUCUUUUUUCAAACUUUUAGUCUCUAUCUGUUUAACUCCAAGCCCUGUCUGUCGUAGGAAAUCACUAACAUUCAUUUCAUUUCUGGAUUAUCGGAUGUUUCAGAUAUGACAUUAUUAGUUAUACAUUUAAUGGAGGAUGUCAUGUAUUUUUCUAGAAAUGUCAUCUUAAAUCGGUAGUUGGUCUUUAGAUUCUGUUUGAUCACGUGCUGUGUGUGUGUGUGUGUUACAUGUUGGUGUCAGCUACUUCACCCUAAACUCACCCCAGUCAAAUUGUUUCAAACGUGGCCAACACAAGUAGGCGUUACUUGUCUUUAUUUGACUUACGAUUUGUUUGGAGAAUCCAGUGUCCUGUUACAUAUUGGCCCGGUUCUAAGUUGUCACAAACGCUGUCCAACCUUGCAUUGUUGGAGCAUACUGCAAAAGUAUAAAGUUUGCAUGGUCCCAGAACAGAUUGUGUCUGCAGCCUUCUUGGUGGUGAUGGUGGUGGUGUGGUUGCAGUGCUCUGCUACCCAAUACCAGGGGGCGUGUAGGUUUACACUUGAAUUCCAAUCUGUAGAAACUGUUUUAUUACAAGUUUGUUCAUAACCAUGAGGGGGGGGGGGGGUAGCUCUCUGGGACCUGGAUGUGUUACUUUGUGUGUCUGUAAAAAAAAAUAUAGAAGGUAGUUCAUCAUUCCAGAAGGGUCUCAGUUACGUCACUGUGUGUGUGUGUGUCCUGUAAGUGUUGUGUGUGUGUCCUGUAAGUGUUGUAUGUGAUACAGGUGGCUGCCCAAGCUUGAGAGAGGCCAUUUUUCCGUUACAACUAAAUGUUCUUGCUUCAGAGAAUAAAAAUCUUUUUUAAUUA